ACCGUUGAAAAUAGAGAGUAGAGGAAAUAAAGAGUCCAGAUUAGAUUCUCACGGAACUUCUCUCUCCUCUUUUCGUUUUCUUUUGCUCCUCCUUUGACAAGAGUUUUAAUUCAAUCUACUCUGCUGCUGCUGCUUAUAAUCGUCUUCUUCUUUCUCCAGAAAAUAAAAUAUGAGCGUGACUGAGUUUGCUAUGGUAGAGGAAUUGGCUUUUCUGGUGAAGGAUAAUCUUCGUUGCAAACAUCUUGUCUUGUCAAUGGAAGAAACCUUUCUUAAUUUCCUUCAAGAUGACAGGUAUUCCCACUCCGAUGGUAUCUUGGAGCUCCAACCAAUGGAUGCAUACAGUCGUCUUCUUUUGCAUCGCCUUGCUGAUAUAUUUGGGUUUUCUCAUGUAUCUAUUGGCGAGGGAGCUGAUCGUCACUUGAUUUUAGAGCGGUGCCCGGAGACAUCAAUACCCUCCAUCCUUGUUAGUGACAUCCUAUUCCAAUUUGAUGAACCUCACACUUUGACAACAUCACAUCAAUUACUGAGGAGGAAAGAUGCUCCCCCAGUGUUGCCGGCAACAUCACCUCCUCAUAAUGCAUUUAGGGAGAGAGAAGUAGCUUAUUUUGCUGCUCGGGACCGUAUUUUUUCAAGGGAUGUGGGAGAAAUGAGAGAACCCAUUAAGGAGAAGCCACAGAAGGUACUUGUGGUUGCCCAUCGAAUGAUAGCUCAUGCUUUGGGUCAAAACACAAGUCUGCGGAACCAAGGUGCUGCUGUUAGGGAUGGCAAAGGACAUAGAGUGAAAACCAAAGAACAGCAUGUCCAAGAAAAGGGCAAAAUCGAACCUAAUUCUAGCUCAGAAGCUUUUCAAGGGAUUGCUUUCCUGCCUGACAAAAAUAUCAAUUCGUUCGGUAAAACAAAGAGCAAUAAUCAUGGAUCUUGUGCUUCAUCACAAGGUCAGAGGAAUUCGCACCAAGUGCUGGUGGAAAGAGGCGGCACUUGUAAUAUCAGCAAAUCUCAGAAUCUAACAGGUAGAAAUAGUACCAAGGACUACUCAAAAGAGGAACACGUGGGAGCUGCAAAGAGGAUGUUUGCUCAUGCAUUGGGACGGCACUUGGGCGAUCAAACAACAAACAGUGACAGAAAGCGAGUUGAUGACUGAGGGUCGAGCAGCCUUUAGAUGGAAGGAAUGGGGUUUUGUUUCUUCAUGAUUGAUUCUAUAAAAAUCCAAGAGGAGCUCUAGUUUCCAUGAUGACCAUUUCAUUGUCAAGUGCAAGAGCCCAAGAUGAUGUUGUGAAAGAGCUGUAGAACAUGAGGUGUUGGAAUCAAUGAUAACUGUCUCUGGCAUAAGAAUUGAUGAGGUGACCGAUGUUUGAUUCGGACUCGCAGAGCCAAAUCAGCUGGUACUGCCUUACAGGAGGUGCAUUUGUUGCUUCUCUCUUCUAAAUCUGAACCAUGCCUACUUAUCAUUUAUUAGAUCGAACAUAAAGUAUGUGAUUGCAACUUUAGGAGCUCUAAUUAAUGUUUCACGAAUUCCCGUUUCGCUAUAUGCACUGCAGACCUUCAGUGUCACUGGAACAGCCGCUCGACUAAUUUUUUUUUUUUUUAUUAAUAUAUUAUAUCUACUUUUAGUAA